AUGGCGGUUAAUAUCCCUUCAUCUCCUGCUGGAAAGCAGGACCUCCGUGUCCCGCCUCUCCUGCACACUCGUUCUGGCAACGAGUUCUACGACCGCCCGCAGACGCCAUCUCAAAGCGGUUUCACAAGCCCCUUCAGCACUCCUCAGGGCAGUCCAAGCAAGAAUCGUCUUCCUCCCGGCGCAAGAGAUCUCCCCAGCGUAUUCGAUCAAGCUAUGAAACUCACGCCGCCCUCCCCGUCCAAGUCAGCGCUCAAUGUGCCGUCGUUAUCGCCUACAAAACCUGCGCCAUCGGGUGUUCACGAGGAUCUACCCUCCUUCAGCGAAAGUGUCAUUCACAGCAAAGACAACACGAAUCAAGCUCGGAAAUUAAAUAAGGAGAACACACCUACUAAUAGUCUGCGAUUUGGCAGAGACCCGGCUGUCAACACAAACCAGGCAGCGGUCUCACGCCAGGAGCCAUAUCAAACCAGGCCAGCAAGCAGAAGAGGCCAAUCCCACCUUCGUGGUCUCACAACAGAUGAACUAGAAAAGCUACAGCUCCCGAAUGUGAAACGACUUGCGAACGUGACUCAACUUUACUUCCUGGAUCAUUACUUUGAUCUAUUGAGUUACGUGCAUAAUCGCCAGACGCGCCAUGCUCAAUUCAAAGCUGCUUACCCUCUCCCUCCGGAAACCCCAACCGAAGAAUACGAAGCCGCUUUACAAAAAUACCUUGGCCGCGAGCGCGCCAAUCUGCGCAAGCGUCGGACCAAACUUCGACAUAACGAUUUCCAAAUUCUUACUCAGGUUGGACAGGGCGGAUAUGGCCAGGUGUACCUUGCACAAAAGAAAGAUACUCGUGAAGUGUGCGCUUUGAAGGUGAUGAGCAAAAAGCUUCUAUUUAAAUUAGACGAGAUCAGACACAUCUUGACGGAAAGAGACAUCCUCACAGCCGCCAAGAGUGAGUGGCUAGUGAAGCUCCUUUACGCUUUCCAAGACGAUGAACAGAUAUAUCUUGCCAUGGAGUACGUUCCUGGAGGUGACUUCCGUACGCUGCUUAACAAUACCGGUGUCCUUCACAAUCGCCAUGCCCGAUUUUACAUUGCUGAAAUGAUUUCAUGCGUCGAUGCCCUUCACGUCCUUGGUUACAUUCAUCGGGACCUCAAGCCAGAAAACUUCCUAAUCGAUUCAACUGGACAUGUGAAAUUGACCGAUUUCGGAUUAGCCGCCGGAAUGCUUAAUCCCGGCAAAAUCGAAUCAAUGCGUGUCAAAUUAGCAGAAGUCGGAAACACAAAUGUUCCCUUUGCUGGGUACCCUCCGUUUGCGGGAGCAACUGUCGACGAAACCUGGCAGAAUCUCAAGCGGUGGCAGAAGGUCCUGCGGAAACCCCAGUACGAGGACCCGAACUACUUUUUGUCAAGGCGUACCUGGGACCUCAUCGUUCGCCUGGUAGCUGCCAAGGAACAGCGAUUUAAGAAUAUCAGGGAGAUCCACGAGCACGAGUAUUUCGCAGAGGUGGAUUUCAGCACAUUAAGAGAGCAGAAAGCUCCGUUUGUCCCUGAGUUGGACUCGGAAACUGACGCAGGCUACUUUGAUGAUUUUGGGAGUGAGGCGGAUAUGGCCAAGUAUAAGGAAGUACAUGAUAAGCAGAAGGCUCUGGAGGAGAUGGCAGAUAGAUCCGACCCAAUGAGCAAGGGUCUAUUUGUUGGCUUCACUUUCAAACAUCGCAAACCUGCCAUCGAUGGCGAUGGCCGAAGCACUCCUCGGAAACCCAUCCUCACCGAUGGAGGUUUUGGGACCAUAUUCUAA